GGAGGAGGAGGGCGGAGGGGAUGGGGGGCGGGCCACGGACGUUCCCGGGGGGGCUAUCGAAGUGGCAGUACAAGCGGAUGCACGAGAAGCUCGCGAGGCAGAAGCAGCAGGGGCUCCUCCGCCACGAGAAGCAGCUCUACCUCGCACGCCUCCGCUCCGAGAUCCGGGCGUCCCGGCUGCCUGGCGCCUCCCCUUCCCCCGGCGGCGAUGACGACGACGGGCCCACCUCCUCCCGCGCCCACAUCCGCGCCCUCGCCGACCGCUUCCUCCUGCCCGGCGCCGAAGACCUCUGGAACGAGGACGACGGGCCUAUCCACCGGGCGGAGCGGCCGCCGAGGAGGGUCGUCUCCGGUGGCCGGAAUGGCGGCGGUCGCCAUCAGUUGGUCUCUGGAAGGGAGCAGCCGAGGGGUGGGUUCAAUCCUAGGAGGGAGUAUCAGACGCUCGCGCCCUGGUGGUGGCAAUGGAGGUCGGCGUCUGCCAUUCCUUCGCGAGCAAAGGAAGCAUCCUUCUGUUUCUUCGGUCCAAAGAGACGCUACUCCGUGAUGCCUCCUCCAUUCCAGGCGCAUCAUGAGUCCGUUGAUGCACCGAUGAUGCCGCUGAUUGCUAGAGGUCUUGCCGGUGGUCCGGUUGCUCUCUCUCUGUUUAUUCAAGAGAGGUUCUACUCGGUGGCAGCAGGGAGAUUUGGAAGGAAAUGGAGACCAGACUCAUCAGAUGAGGAUGAUGAUAUAUCUACUGCAAAGAAGGAUUUGAAGUUUGCAAAACUUGGAGCUUCCAGCGAAGAGGAGUCAGAAGAUGAUGAAUUGGAGGCGAGAACUGCCAUCAGGAAGAAAUGGAGCAGUGCUGCUUUGAGGAACUGUGAUAUCAAGAAGGAAAGGAGAGCACUCAAGUCCUAUGAGGAAGAAAACAAUGAUCUCGAUGGUAGCUUCCGAGAGCUGCGAGAGGAGAUAAAGAACAGGGAGGUGUUGGGUGUUGAGAGGAGACGUUACGAGUCAAGGGGCGAAUCUUUGUUUACCAAUAAAAGAUUUGAUGAAUGUGGCAUCUCUCCUCUCACAGUAAAAGCACUCACUGAUGCUGGAUAUCUACAGACAACUGUUGUGCAGGAAGCAGCACUUCCUAUGUGUCUUGAAGGUAAAGAUGUUCUUGUCAAGGCCAAAACAGGAACUGGCAAAAGUGCAGCUUUUCUGCUCCCUGCAAUUGAAUCAGUCUUGAAUGCUAUGAAGAACCACACAAAUCAUCGAGUGUCUCCGAUAUUUUCCCUUAUCCUUUGCCCUACAAGAGAGCUUGCCAUCCAGCUCACAGCUGAGGCAAAUGUUCUAUUGAAGUACCAUCAAGGAAUUGGUGUUCAAUCUCUUAUUGGCGGCACUAGAUUCAAGCUAGAUCAAAGACGUCUAGAAUCUAAUCCAUGCCAGAUUUUAGUUGCUACACCUGGUAGACUGCUGGAUCACAUUGAAAACAAAUCUUCAUUCUCUGUGCGUUUGAUGGGAUUGAAGUUGCUUGUGUUGGAUGAAGCUGAUCAUUUGCUAGACUUGGGUUUUCGUUCAGACAUUGAAAAGAUUGUUGAUAGUUUGCCACGUCAAAGACAGACGCUAUUAUUUUCCGCUACAAUCCCAAAAGAGGUUCGAAGGGUUUCACAGCUAGUUUUAAAAAGGGAUCAUGUCUUUGUUGAUACAGUGGGCUUGGGAGCUGUUGAAACUCCUAAUAAGGUGGAACAGUUGUAUCAUAUUGUGCCACAUGAGCUGCAUUUUCAUAUGGUUUAUCGCCUUCUCCGAGAACAUAUUGAUCAGGAAAUGGACUAUAAGGUGAUUGUUUUCUGCACAACUGCCAUGGUGACUGAAUUUAUGUAUAUCAUGCUUCGAGAUUUGAAGCUAAAUGUCCGAGAAAUUCAUUCAAGAAAACCUCAGCUUUAUAGAACUCGCAUAUCAGAAGAAUUUCGAGAUUCUAGUCGCCUGAUUCUGGUGACUUCAGAUGUUUCAACACGUGGAGUGAAUUAUCCAGGUGUCACACUAGUGAUUCAGGUUGGUGUUCCUUCAGAUAGAGAUCAUUACAUCCAUCGACUUGGAAGGACCGGGAGAGAAGGUAAAUCUGGUAAAGGAGUUCUUUUGCUUGCACCAUGGGAAGAGUAUUUCUUAAAUGAGAUACAUGAUCUCCCGGUGCAGAAGUCUCAAACACCACACAUGGAUGAAGAUAUGAAACGGAAGGUUGAUGGUUCAAUAAAGAUUGUUGAUAUGAGCAUCAAGGAGGCAGCAUAUCAUGCAUGGCUUGGGUAUUACAAUUCAAUCGGUGAUGUUGGAAGAGACAAGACCAUGCUUGUUGAUCUAGCAAACAGGUUCUGUAAAUCCAUCGGUUUGGAAAAGCCUCCAGCACUGUACAGGAGAACUGCUCUGAAGAUGGGCCUUAAGGAUGUACCUGGAAUUCGCAUUAGGAAAAAGUAACUGCAUCUCCUUUUUCUUUCUAAAAGAAGGCAGAUAGAUUGAUUGAGGUUGGCGUCCGUCAAAUGAUGGGCACUGAAUACGUUGUAAUUUUUGUUCUGAAAGAAUGCAAG